AGGAUCAAGGUGAAGGUCAACUGAUCAAAGUAUAGAGAAAUUUUGCUGUUACUUUGACCGAAUUUUUAAACAUGUCUGCCCCUCCAAAACCUUGGGAAGGAAGUGCUCCCACAAUGGAAAAUUCGUAUAAUCCCAUUAGUUCUAAUGGAUUGCUUUCUCAAACUCCAUCACAAGCUCCUCCAGUUCCUGUACGAAAUCAACAAGGCUCAUAUUCAAGCUAUAAUUCUCCAUAUUCUUCACCUUACUCCUCGCCAUAUAUGUCUGGUGGAAUGGGACUCUCUCCAUACUCAUCAUAUUCACCAUAUUCGUCAAUAGGCGGUGCAUACGGUGGAUAUGGAGGAUAUAGAAAUUAUGGCCAAGGUGGCUAUCCUCAAAGUAACUUUGUAAGGCAGGCAGAGGCAUCCUCUCGAAAUGCUUUCCAGUCGAUCGAAUCAGUUGUCAGCGCUUUCAGUUCCAUAAGCAUGAUGUUGGAGUCAACUUAUUCAGCUUUAUAUAAUUCUUUUCGAGCGGUUUUGGGUGUCGCUGGUCAUCUGACUCACGUUAAAGACCAAUUAACUGCAAUACUAUCCUCCAUCGCACUUUUUAAAACAUUACGAUACUUAUGGCGAAAACUUCAGGUGCUCCUAAAACUAAAGCCUGAAUCAACCGUAGAAGAUGUGUGGAAAGAGGUCAACAUUCGAAAAGCUACAGGAGAUGGAAAUGGUAAAUCCAACUGGCCUAUUAUUAUGUUUUUUGCUAUAGUGAUGGCAGGACCAUGGCUUAUUUGGAAGCUAUUGUCAUCUUUGGGGAAGAAUUCAGAAUCAGAGUGGCAUUUAGGAAAGUCUCCACAUUUUAUCUGUCAGGUAAAUUAUGAUUUUGAAGGAAGGCAAGAAGACGAAAUAUCCGUUAAACAAGGUGAAAAGCUACGAGUUGCCCCCCAAGAAAUGCAAACUGUUCAAAACUGGUUAAUAUGUGCAACUCCUUCUGGAAAAAUUGGCUUAGUUCCUCAAAACUAUAUUAAAAUCAUUGGAAAAGGACGAAUCGAAGAUGAAACUGAAGUUAAACCUCCAAGCGAAGAAAAUUUGAAUACAGCUUGGAAAGAAGAUUGA